CCAACCUUCAAUUGCCCAGGAUUCCUUCGUUUCUUCCACCUUUCUCGCGACAACAUCGUGAGACGACGUUGGAACGACGAUAUUUCGCGAUGGCAUAGCUGCUGUAACCAUCUUAUAAUCAUCAUCUUCCGCUGACUGCCCACUAUGGCGGUGUGCCGAUUCUACCAGCAGGGCUAUUGCAAGUUCGGCAACAGCUGUCGCUACGAGCACCCCAAUGCCGGUGGCAAUCGCAACCAGUCCUCGAACCGCUUCGGAGCUUUGGGAGGAACUAACACGGGUGGGAGUGAGAGCCCGUUGACAAAAUACGGUUUAGGUCCUGAUGUGAUCGAGAAAGACUUGACGAUAGAGGCGCCCCAAUGGAUUCUGUCUGCGUAUGCUCCAGGGCGAGACGCUCCAGAACAGCUCUUUGGAGGGUAUCCUCGCGAACAGAGCUUUGAAGAACUCAGACUUCAUUACCUCAUAGGCAAAGCUUCAGGCAAUGAGCAGCAGGCUCUCAACGAAGCACAACAAUUGUACCAAAAUGCAAAGCAGCAAAUGGAAGCCGCGGCGCGAAACCCGAUGGAAGCGGCACGAUUCAUUGCAGAAGCGGAAAACCGGCAUCCCAACCGACAUGAUAUAUGCAAAGAGGGAACCCAAGGCGCACCAUUUGGCGAGUUUCAAGUGGGGAGAAGGCCCAAUGCUACAAAUCCAUUUGGUGCGAACACUGCUACUACAAAUCCGUUCGGCGGGAACCCUGCUACUAUGGCGUCCACGACAGGCGCAUUUGGCCAGCCGUCUGCUCUAGGACAGAAGCCCAACCCCUUUGGUCAACCAUCACAACCUGCGUUUGGUCAACCAUCUCAGCCCACAUCAGCAUUUGGACAGCCAACGCAAACAGCUUCUCCGUUCUCUCAACCAUCACAACCGGCCUCGGCAUUUGGUCAACCGUCUGCGCUUGGGGCCAAGCCUAGUCCAUUUGGUGCCCCUGCUUUUGGCCAACCUUCUCAGCCAAACACACAAUCUAGUCCAUUUGGACAACCUCAGGCGCAAGGAAGUGCAUUUGGCCAGCCGUCUGCGCUUGGACAGAAGCCGAACCCUUUCAGCUCUGCUGCAGGCGCCAGCCCAAGUCCCUUUGGACAACCAUCCGCCCCUGCUGCCAAUCCAUUCGCAGCUCCAGCUCCAGCUCAAAACACAAAUAGUUCAUUUUCUCAACAGCCUGUUCAGAACCAGUCACCGUUUGGGGCGCCGGCAAACCAAACCUUUGCGCAGAAUAAUGCGAGCCCAUUUGGGCAACAACCACAACCACAACAACAGCAACAGCCCACCGUCAAUCCUUUCGCCCAAAAUCAGACAAACGGCACAUCUUCUCAGGCUAAUCCCUUUUCAGGGGCUCAGCAACCUCCGUCAGCGGGAGCUGGUGUGGGCAGCAACAACCCUUACCCUCCAGGCAGUUCGAAACAGCACCCAAAUGUCGAAAGUUACAGCUCAAGGGCUAUGGAUGGGCGGCUGACCAUGUUCAAAGGGAAGCCAGUAACUUAUGUCGGUGAUGUGCCUGGGAUCCUCGCAUUUGACGGCACAUGGACACGGAUUUGGUUCCCCAAAGGUCCUCCAGGCUACAACAAGGAUACAGAACUGCCCAUUGAACAAUACAGUGACCAAUUGAAAACCCAAUGGGCUGCCUUUGCUGAGACGGGAGGAUUCGCCGAUGGCUUGAUGCCGGAGCUGCCCCCGCCGCGAGAAUGUACGCAAUGGGAUUUUUAACUAGAAUAGAAGGAUGUCCAGUAUGUUUGGAAAUCGAACGGAUAUGAGAUGGAGUUAAGUAAUGGAUCAAUAUGGGCGUUUAUCGAUGUGGUUCCAUGUUCUGAACAUAACGCAGACAAACUACGGCGUUAACGGGCUGCUUUGGAAGAGAGGAAAACACAGUCACAAGGAUUAUAUAAAGAGACCAAUUGGGUAUAUGUCUUGAACCAGUUUAUUUUGUGCCUAUCUGCUGCGAGGGCUGUUUUAAUCUCCCUCGACGUCAGGGUCUCGGCCACUCCAACAUCUUUACGAAAUUGGAAAUUCGCUUAAGCAGCGAUGGUGACCUCAACCUCGACACCAGCGUCGAUGUUGACAAUGAUCUGCUUGACGACCUCAGUGGGGGCGUGGAGG